GUGUCAUGAAACUCGGUCACUUCCUCCUCCUGGAAACCGCCUCUCGGGGCUCUUUGGUUCCCACCCAAACAAACAAAGCUCAGCUGGAGGUUUGUUUCCAGACGUUACGGAGCUCCGCGUUCCUCGCAGCGACACUAACGCGGACCUGCGCUCACAGGAUUGAACUCCUGUUAACCAGGAAUCAUGCCAGUCGGUCCCCGUGUGUUCCGGUAACACGUGCAGCUAACUGAAGGGUUUUUGUGAUUUCACUCAUUGCGCAACAGUAACAGCACUAACGUUGACCGAGCUAAGCGCCAGCACCCCCACUACAAACACCACCCGGCUCUGCGAGGCUGGUGCAGAGAUGAAGAGCGAGCCGACGGCUACUGUUUCCACUUUAAAACGGCUUUGAUAGACGGGUUUCAGCCCCGGUUUGGGCUCCUGCUCGGAGAAGAUCUGAUGCUGACGGAGAUUUGUUGAGUCAAGCUAGCUACCAGCUGCCCUGUAAAUCAUCUUCCCCUCCUCCCUCGCUUGCUGUGUCGUGGUCUCUCCUCUGGCUUCAGACGCCGCCGCCGCUAUGAGUGCGAUGCGUGUGGAUGUCAAAGUGGUGAUGCUGGGAAAGGAGAGCGUGGGGAAGACGAGUCUCGUGGAGAGAUAUGUUCACCAUCGCUUCUUGGUUGGCCCGUACCAGAAUACUAUCGGUGCCGCUUUUGUUGCCAAACCAAUCCAGGUGGGAGAGAAAGUGAUUACCCUCGGAAUAUGGGAUACAGCUGGAUCCGAGCGUUAUGAAGCCAUGAGCAGAAUCUACUACAGAGGAGCCCGAGCUGCCAUCGUCUGCUAUGAUCUGACUGACAGCAGCAGCUUCCAGCGAGCUCGUUUCUGGGUCAAAGAGCUGCAAAACUGCGAGGAGCACUGUAAGAUCUACCUGUGUGGCACCAAGAACGACCUGAUCCAAGAAGACCGGAGUCUGCGCAAAAUCGACUACCACGACGCUCAGGACUUUGCUGAGGAGAUCGGUGCGCAGCACUUUGAGACCUCCAGUAAAACAGGAAGUAACGUAGAUGAGUUGUUCCAGAAAGUUGCUGAGGAUUACAACAGUGCUGCUUUCCAGUAUAUGACAGCAGAGGAAACGGGUGUCGACUUGGGCCAGAAGAAGGACUCUUAUUUCUACUCCUGUUGUCACAACAACUGAUGCUGAGCAGCAGGAAGGGAAGUGGUUGCCUUCCCACAGCUGGAGUCACACCUGGACAUGCUGGAUAGCUGUAACUCAUCCUUGAAUGUGGUAUCAAAUCACAGGAAGAAAAAUCAAACAAAACUCUUUAGACUUUGUGGGAUAAUUUUUUUUUUUUUUUUCCUUUUGUGCCAUAAUUAACUGAGGACUGCAAGACUUUAUGGAAGAGGGUCCUCUACUUCUGGGUGGUGAGGGAUUUGAACACCUCCACUCUUACUUCUCACCCAGUUAUGCUCGUGUUUUAUCUCCAUAUCAAUUUGUCACUUUCCAGCAGCCAACAGGGCGCUAAACCUCCCUAAGGCUGCAGUGUUAAUCAAUCAGAAGCUGCGCUGCGGUUGGACGACGGCCCGCGGUGGUGAAGAAGAGGGAUCCUCACUGAAGAUGGACUGGAACAGGAAACUUGAUUGGUGCUGUGUGUUUUACCGAGUGCAGUGUUUUAGGAGGGCGCAUGGUUUGUUUUCAGAUGCAGAUUUUUGUUUACCUCCAACUGUAUUUAACAUUGUUCUGGAAACCCGUCUGUGAGGCCUCCUCGUGUUUAAUCGAGGCCUCGCAGAAGGAGAAGCCAGCUAGGAUGAAGUGUGUCCAAAACCCCCAAACACUUGUGUUCCUGCUCUUACUUAAAGGAGGGAUCUAGACUCCAGCACCUCCUCUGGGCUUUAGAAAAGCUAACAGAUCAGUCCUUUCAGGGCAAUAAAGUCAAAAGCCUGAGUAGGAAUUCAGAUGUGGUGGCUUACGGGGUUGUACAGAGGGCUUUUCAUCCAGGACAGUAGGGUUUGAAUCCUGUGUGAAGUCCAAACUAAACCCUUGCUUCAGGAUGAGUGUCCCGGCAGGAUUUUGGUUAGUCUUUUCGUGUUUUCUGUCCACUGCGUGAAGCACUUGAAAAGCCGGUACAACACAUGGCAUUUAUCUUUAUAGAGGCCGUAACAGUACAGCCACGCCACAGCCACGAGAGCCGCAUACGCUGCUGCUGUUCCGCCUUUCUUUGAAUUUGUCCUAGUGGCCACUUAAGGUAGUGCACCCACUGCAACAUAAAACAACUUGUGGCCCCAAAAGCGUCAUUCCCAAAGACAAAACAAUAAUCAUCUUUGUGUUGAGUCUGACUUUUUUUAUUUGUAAUCUCUGUAAAUCUUUCCCAGAGCCUGUAAACCCCGGUGUGAAGCCUGGUUGCUGUGUGGUAACGCAGCAGCUGAGAACACUAAAUGCUACCAAGAUUUUGUUUUGCACCAUAAGCUGCGAUUCUGUCAAAUGUCAGAAAAAUAAGCUGGUUUUAAGGAGGUGAUUAACAACAUGCCCACAUAUCUGUACUUAAAUUGCAUGGCCUGAGCUGCCUAAAAGAACAUUUUUAGGGAAAGUUACUUUUCUACAUGUAAUCUAAUGUUUUCUAAUUCUAAAUGCUUCACAGAAAGAAAUAUGACUGUCAGAGUUUCCUUCAGUCAUUUCUAGCAGGAUAAUAUUGAAUAUUGACACAGUUUCAGGAAGGAGGACUUCUGCAGGACGACGAUCAAAGAGACAAAGACAGGAAAAAGCCGUGCGGGCUAAUGUUGUAAUGUCCCACAAACUGUCAUCUUUCUGUGUUCUUGGAGCAGCGUUUACAGCUAUAUUUAAGACUUGAGUCACUAAUUUAUUGCCUUUUAAGUUCUACUGCGUGAUGGACAUGUAGGUUGCUGCUUUGAUGUGUUGGUGUUCAAUAUUGAUGCAGAAUAUUUUUAUUGAAGGCUGUUGAAAAACAACCGAUGUCCAGAUCUGUUCUGAAAAAUAAAAAGCUCGUUCCAAGAAUGUUUCAGAGCGCCGAUAGACUCUAAGUUUUCCUUUUGAAGUAAUUUACAAUAUUUUGAUUGUCAGUCUUUGCCAAAUAUUACAAAAACACUGCAUAUGCACAGUUAUGGAGUUUCAGUGUAUUCCAUAUCAGUGUAAAUCUCAGUGAAUUUAAG